AUGGACUUGACCAAGGUGGGUAAAAAGUUUUUCACCUUGGCCAUCCAACUCCAUGAAGGGGGAAAAAUAUGCCUCAGUAAAUUGAUUCUUUGUGGAUUGUAUGAAUCUCUGGAGCUAGCCUCUCAAGACCUGAAGCAAAGAACAAAUCUUGAAAGUCUAGGUGGCCUCAUCUGGCUCCUGAAAUUAUGGCUCAAUGCCACUUUCAAGCCUUCCUUAAAAACAAGGGUUCCUCCUAACUCAAAGAUUUUUCUCGGUUCCUUCGAAUUCUCACUCUCUUACCAUUUCACCCAAGAAUUUGAGGAAUGGUGGGGCCUCUAUUACUUAAACAUACCAGAUCACAACCUCAUAGCUCAAUCUCUUAUCGACGCUUUCUCUUUCCUGAGGGCUAUAGUCAUUGACUUAUGGCUCUCAAGGCACCAGCACUAUAGGAACUUCACAUGUAAAAAGGGCCCUUUGAGGAUACACCAACUAAACAAGGAUGUUGACACUUCUUCCAGCGAAGAAACUCUGCAGUUAGAGCCUAGACAUGUCGGCUUGGACCUUAUUCAAACGAUCAAAGAUGAACUCAUUUCCCUCUUUGAGAUCCAGGGGUUGGUUGUGAAGCUAAACAAGUCAGAGGUGCCAAGUCCUAUUGUUGAAUUUGUUUUGGAUUUUGAACCUCAUCUCGAGCAAGUUGUUCAGGUCGUUAGGAAUAAACAAGAGUCUAUCAGUCUACUCGAGAGGAGAGUUGAAGUUAUGCACGAGCACCAAGUUCAUGAAUCUCAACAUCAAGUUGUUGAAUUAGAGGAAACGAACAAGGCCAAAAACAGGUUGGUAAAUUUGGAGGAUGAUAUCUUAUCCUGGACUCAACAGAUAAACUGGUUGCAGCUGAAGAUCGAGGUAGUGGAGAAAGAGAAGGAUGAGAUAGAUUCUUCUGAGUUGGCCUCUGUCAGCAAGAAUUUGGUUGAAGUGGCCAACACUGGUAUAGAGUGUACAAGGACCGCUCGUAUACUAGAGGCAGAAGUGAGCAAGCUGAGAGUUGCUGAGCUCAUGGUCGACAAGAAGCUUGAGCGUACAAGGUCACGCUUUGAAGAACUGAGGAGCAAGUUGAAUCCUUUAAAAUGAUGUGUAUUAUUUUUUAUUAUUAAUGUACUUUAAUUAUUGUAAGGACUAUCAUUUUUGGCAUAUUUAAUAUAUACAAGUUU